GUGAAUGCAGGGCUCAAGUGCAGGUUGAGAUCCUACAGCUGAUAGGAAGGACUGAAUCCUGAGGGCCCUCAGACUAGAUCACCUGAAGGGGGAGAGAAGCAAAUGACAAACCAAACAGGGGGUGAAGGGCAGCCAGGGUGGUGGCAAGAUGCGUGUUACUUGGCAGCAUGGUGGGUGGGGAGGUGUGUCAGUGCCUGGAGCAGGGGGAAUCUGAGAUGAGAAAUUAUAAACGUGCCAUUUGUUUCCCAUCACAAUGAAUCAUCAGAGCACUCAAAACAUCUCUGUGCGUUUACCAGGAUAUUUAUAGCAGUGCUUAACACCAAGGCUUAACAAAAGCAGGAGUUUCUGGAUUUCCUGUCCCAAUGGUUAGCCUGGUCAAGGCUAUGAUCUUUUGAGUAUUUCAACAUGAUUAAAAUGGGUCACUCAAUUUUGUGGAGGGGAACAGACUAAAGCCCUCUGACUCUUUGUGGAAAACUCCUAGUUCUUCAAACAACAUACUUAUUAACCAAGGCAGUUAAGGAGCUGCCUGCUGAAAAGAACACUCACUCCUGCUUUAGUCUCUGCUGUAAAACACAUCACAGGACUCCAGCCCGUCAGUCAGAGGAGCCCGAGGCAAAGCAGCUCCAGGACAAAUCCCAGGUUCUGGUUUGAAGGACAACAUUUGUUCAGUGGGUGAAGCAGUCUGUUGCCAGCUCCAGGGGAGGUCGGCCGUGGUUUCUCGUGUGCGAAUAUUUUUCUGGCAUAAUACACUUCCCAGUGGGAAGCUUUGAAGUCUUACACACAAAUGGACAUCCAGUGGAUUUGUGCCUUCACCACAAUCCUAGCAUGGUUCUGCACAGGUUCCUCAGGACACCAGACAUCAGUCGAACCUCCCCGCAAUCUUCAGAUAAUUGACCCUGGACUUUUAGGCCAUCUCUGUAUAGAAUGGCAGCCUCCACCUUCCCUGCUAACCCUCGAUCAGUGUACAAUAAAAUAUAAAUUAAAAUACCGUAGCACUGGCGAUGCAGACUGGAAGGUUGUUUUUACUAAGAAGUUAAAAUAUGGCGUUGGAUUUGAUCUCAGCAAGAGAACUGAAGCAAAGGUCCAGACUCUGCUGGAAGGACGUUGUACGAAUGAAUCUGAAGUGAAGAGUGACUGGACUCACGCUACCUUCCAGCUUCCUUCACAAGGAGAUCUGGAGUCACAGAUCCGAGACUUCCACUGUGUCUAUUACGAUUGGGAGCACCUCACGUGCACUUGGCAGCUGGGCCGGCUAGCUCCUCCUGGGGCACGUUAUGAGUUUUAUUAUUGGUACGAAGGGCUGGAUCAUGCAGUGCAAUGUGAUGACUAUCGUCAGACUCAUGGAAGAAAUACUGGAUGCAAUUUGCAAAACCUGAGGCAGGCAGAAUAUACUGAUUUCAAUGUCUGUGUUAAUGGUUCUUCAGAGUCCACGUGGCUGAGACCCUCCUACUUCACAUUCCAUCUUCAGAAUCUAGUCAAACCUUCUCCGCCUGAGAAGCUGUCGGUUUCCAUUUCUGCCUCUGAGGAAGUUCACGUGGAGUGGAGCCCUCCUGCGGGGGGUACCCCCCCACACUGCCUGGACUACGAGGUGCAGCUGACAGAACGGGAUGGUGACGAUCCCUGGGCGUCUGUGUCAACCCAAGUGGAAACUGCCUUCACCUUCUCCCAGUCCAAUCGAAGCCAUGUCUCGUGUGUCCGCGUACGAGGGAAAACUAAUGUGUUCUGUGCUGACAAGGGCUUUUGGAGUGAAUGGACGCGCGAGUGCUUCUACGUGUCCAGAAAAGAUGAAAAGCAGCUGUUCCUCCUCAUUGCAGUAGUCUUAAGUUUUCUGACCGUCGUGAUAUUUAUAUUAGCUGCACAGCGGAAGAAAAGAACAAAUAGAGAGAAAAAUAUAUCCCCUACAUCUCUAUAUUUGGAAUAAUUGCUGAAUAAAAUGAUUUCCAGAGAUGCCCUGUGAGAAGUCAGUGGAACUUACUGCUGCAUUAUACACAUGUUAUUGAUGUCCAUAAUAAAGACCCAUGUCAACUUCAGGUUCCUGGCAUUCUUGGCAAAUGACAUCCUCCAGUGGGAUGCUAACCCUGCAAAUGGGCUUGUUGUGCAGCUUGUGUCCAGUGGAUUGCCCUUAGCAUGUCAUCCCAAGAACAGACGUGAAACCUGAACUUCUUACGAGUCUUUUCUACUUCCCCCCACACACUUAGUAUGCUUCUGUAGUCCAACAACACGAAGGUCAGAGAAGUUUAUUGACUGAUGCUGGAAUAACUUUUUAUAACAUAACGGAGCGAAAAAGGAGGCAGUGGAGAAUGUGAUGAAUAAUAUCAACAGGUCUGCUGUGUGCGUUUAUGAGAAGGAAUUGAACCACUGUUAACAUGAUGGAAACUGAGUGGAAGAUCAAGGUUAUAUCCACCUGCUUAGGAAAGGUUGCUAGAUGCUAUUGUCUGUAUUCAGGUAUAUUUCCCUGCUGGCUCCCUCGCUACCUUCUUUCAGUCCACUGUUAAUUUUUAAACAGUGAACGUUAUUUAACUGCAUUUAUUUAAUCAUGUCAUCUACCAUGCCACAGUUAUUUGUGAAAGUGGAUUGGGGAGACCUUGAAACAGUUUUUUGCAGGGAAUGGCUGUGCUUACAAAUACGGUGAAUGGCAGAUGGAUCAUGGGAGGAACAAAUCCUAAGGAUAUGCUGUGAAGUGCUGGAAGGGGGGGGAUGUCCUGCAGGACUUGGACACGGAAAAUGCAGCUUUACAAAGCACCCAGAGGUUCCUAGAUCUGAAAGACCCUUAUGCAAAGGAAUGCCCAGCAGAUGAAAUGUAUGACCAGCUUUAAACGAAGCAUGUGGAGUAAAAACUGCCCAGUGCUGAUAAUGGACAAAUCGCAUUACACCAAUACUCCUUGAGCUUGCUUUGAGCAUAUUUUCACUUUCUACAACUCUCUCAGUGAACAUUAUGGGAGGAGGGUUCAGAAGAAGAAGGAAACUUUCAGUGACUAGCUGAUGCUUGGAAAGGUGAAUUUCAAAUCAACACAAACCUGAGUCCAACAGCUGCCUUCAUCCGAUCAGAAAAUAGUAACGUCCUGUAGGCAAAGGGCUGAACCUGCAACCUCACUCAUGGCAUGGGAACUGUGUGCGGGAUGGGGCUGAGAGAGGGAAGUGAAGCUGGGGGACAAAAGAUCUUUUGAGUAUGGCACAUGCUUGCUUUGUAACUCCACGAUUGGGCCUUUGUAACUCCGCGAUUACUAACGGAGAAGGGAGCAGUCCUGGACCUGACAAUAUAGCACAGAAAAGAUGAACCCAGGCCCAAGGCGCAGGAUGGAAUCAGAAAAAACUAAAUGCUGGCCCUGAGUUGAGACUCUUGGUUCCAACCCACCAUGUCCCUUAAUGCAGAAGUGUUUGGCUCAUGGACGUUUCUAAAAUACACGGGCAGAGGAAGCAAUACCCAUGAGUGCAGGCGGGAACGUUUGUUUAGAAGCUCACCGGCUCAUUCUUUCUUUACUCUGGUUUCCACAUGGCACACAUGCAGUGCAGCAUACUAGAAAUGUGCGUGGGACUGCCUGAUGGAUGGGUGCAUCCGUACACGGUUACUGCAUGUCCGUCAGGUGUGUGUGUGCAGGCAAGGGUCCCGCAUAGCCAGUGACUUGCACAUGCAAUGCACGCGUAAAUUAGGUGCAGAAUUGCACGUGCAAAUGGGGACUGUUAAAUUUUCAAUAAGACAUUUUGAGACCAACAAACAACAACCAACUGCCACAACGAACAAAUGUUGAGCCAGGACAACUUCCCCCUCCUUGUUUCAGGAGCAUCCUGAAGGAUCUUACCACAGAGGAUGCAGUGAUUAGCUGAUAUACCACCUAUUCUAAGGUAGCUGCAGCCCCCCAGGACUCAGUGCCUCGUCAGUGUUCGCCGUUAGGAGCAUUGAAAGCCUCCCGUAAAUCGACUGGCUGGCAGGAAAGAACAGCUGAUGUAGAGCAUCUGCCUGCAGGGACUGCUGCAGUGGGGCAAAGAAGCAGGUCAGCCUGGCCAGGGAUGACCCAAAUUAAAAUGUUUUGCACGAAGGAAAAUGGCUAACACCAGCGAGAGGCUGUUGACAAGCUGCCUGGUGCUCUGUGCGGCUGAAAGGAGGUCCAUGACCGGUGGUGUGUCAGGGGACAGACUAUUGUGGUUUGUGGUGUCAGCAUGUAAGUAUGCAGGCUGGGGCGAUUAAAGAGACCCAGCGUACGUGGUUGGUAUCAGAUUGCCUGCUGACUAGCCUGGGCUUUGGUGCAGGUGUCGUGUGUGCUCGUGAUCCCCUCCUCCCCACACCCACUGUCAUUUCAGCUGGCAAUAAGCCAUUACGAGCCGCUAUAGUGACUGGUUUGGUUAACCCAAAAUAGCCCCCAUGGCUGCUGCUAUCUUAGUGCUCAGCCUUGUGAGUAAUACCGCACGCUCAAAUAGGGAAACAGUCCAUAUAGCUGUGGUUCUUGAGUGUGGCCACAGGUUCUCCAGUCGUAACCCAGCUGUAUCAGUGUCUGGCCAGCACGUUUUACAUAGUAAUAAAACACAUUCACGCUGACUCAUCCGGUAAGUUCGUGCAGGACACGCAGAUUCUUCCGAGAACUAGUGAGUAAGGCACACACGGGAUUAUUUAAGUCUUGGGGAGGAAAAAUGUAAUCAAAGCAUUUGGUAAUGUUUAUAGUGGGCAGGAGGAAAAGCUGGGAAUUACCCCCGUCACAAGAAUGUUGACAUGACGUCCCAGCACGGAAAGGUUGGAGAGGGAAGAAGAAAUUAACCGAAAGCGCAGCUUGACUUCUGUGACAGUCGCAAAAGAAAUUACACUAAUUAAACUUAGUUGCGGUGCUGCCAUCUCGGUUACCUCACUCAGGCAAGUGUUACUGCGAAGUUUAUUUUUUUAAAUGCUUAUAAAACAGGCUAAGAAACUGUGUAACUGGGGUGAGGGGUGUUGGCUGCUUGGCCCAGUGGCUGAAGUAGCCUAACAAGACUUUGAGGCUCAUUUCAAGUCCACCGCAACUGUCAGGUUGGUUAAUGCCAAUGUUGUACCAGGGUCUGUUCAUUUACCUUGGACCAUAUUUAUUUCUGAUACUUGUACUAGUACUUUCUUACUCCUGUGCUGGCUUAUUUCCUAAAUUAAUAAACUUUCUUGCCACAGAAAUCAGUGGCCAAACGCC